AUAUUGAACGUACGCGGAACGAACACACAACAGAACGGCGUUUGCCAAAAGGAAAUCAACUUACUGAACUUGACAUUGAACACUUUUGGCAUUGACGAUGGUUUCCCUAUCUUUGAACUCGUUAAAACAAAUUAUGAGGGCUAUGGUUGAUAGUCCUGGGUUUGAUAGAGUGUUAAGUAAGGUAGACAUUGUGUCAGCUACUCCGGGCAAGGUGGUUUGCGAGAUGAAGGUAGAAGAGGAGCAUACAAACCGAGGAGGUACUCUUCACGGGGGGCUGACAGCCACGCUGGUCGACGUCAUCUCCACCACUGCAAUCAUGUACACAGAACGUGGAGCGCCGGGAGUUAGCGUUGACAUGAACAUAACGUACAUGAAUGCUGCCAGGGUUGGCGAGGAUGUGCUUAUCACUGCCCAAGUGCUGAAGCAGGGCAGGACUUUGGCAUUUGCCACUGUGGACCUCACAAACAAGUCCACAGGGAAACUUAUUGCACAAGGCAGACACACUAAACACCUUGGUAGUGCCUAGUUUACCGACUCAUGUCAGUAAAUCACCAUAUCAUAUAGUUCUGUAAUAAAGCAUGUACAGUGAUACAAAUCUUAUGUGCCUGAAAACUGUAAAUACUUGUAUACACAAUAAAUGGACAACACAGUAGCUUUAAAUGUUUUGCACUGUAUUGGUAUAUGUUCAGCAGUGUUGAUGUAAGAGAUUGAGAACACAAUGAGGAAUAAACCCAAGACAUGACCCACCUUAACCCUUCAAUCGAACAUGUUUAAUCAAAAAAGCAAAAUUAAAAUGUGCUGACCUGUGACUCACACACCCAUUGACAUUUGCACUGCAACAAUUAGUUCUUAUUUUAGAAUGUUUUCUGGCUUUCUAAUUAUGGAAUAGAACAAUCCAAAAACCCAUUAAUUAUCUCAACAACCUUUGUUCCAUUGUUAGGUACAUUAGCUUUAGGUAUUAGUUCCUCUGUAAUCAAUUCCCCAUAAACCCACACCCAGAAAAAUUAAACUAUAAACAAAUGAACCCAUCUGAUUUCAGUAGCUUGAAUGUUUACUACAUGAAUGACUUGUAACAACCUUCAGAAUCUAAACCAACAUAUUUCAACCACUAGGUCUGCAUCACACCUUAGACGAAACUGUCCCAUCAAGUCAUUCAUAGAUCUUACCAAAGCUCUGCAUGGUUUGUCUCAUAGUAAAGCAAUGACACCCAAAAUAAACAUUCUAAAAUGUCCAGCAAAAACGAAGGCGGUUAAAGCGUAAGGAAGCGAUACCUACACCAAAUGAUUCUUGACAAAUAUUUUUCAUCUUGUUUAUGUCUGCUACACAGGAGUUUUGACGCCUAUGCUCAUCUGUCCCCAAGACUUUUCAGAUUGCACAAACUGUAAAUUUCCAACCCAUUUCCCCUCCUUAAAACAUUACAGUGAUGCUUUGACAAUCCUGUAUGACAACAUGGACAAGAGAGAGAGUCCACCAUAGGAGCAGAGUGACGACCUGUGUUUGUUCCUGUUUUGAUGCAACAUAAAGAGUUCCUUCGGUGACUGGUUUUGUUUACAGCACAGCUCCAAGAGAACAACCAACCACUCAAAUCAAUGUUUGUGCAGGUUCAGAUAAACCAAAAACAGAUGAAUGGAUGAGGGGGGGGGGGGGGGGAAGGGAGG